AUGAAGAGAGUAGCUAUUCACUAUGGUCUCCUCAACUCACCCUCCAUGAGAAUGCCACCAUACCUGCUGAUCCUUCUCCUGAUGAAAGAGAAGAUUGUGAGCUCUUUGACACCAUUGCUAUUGAUUCUAGUGAUUCCCAUGACCAACAUCCCUUUGAUGUUGAUGUGUUCAACCAUUGUGAUGAGAGAUGUGGUUGAGGCUGGGGAUUCAAGCCUUGCCUUGGCGGUGCUUUCAAAACUUAAUGGCCUCUUGGCUGGCACCUGUGAGAAUGCUGCAACCAGCUCUUUGGGUCGCCUGGCCUACCACUUUGCCCAAGGCCUGCAAUCCCGGAUAUCUGGUGCAUGCUCUCCAUGCUACCCGCCAGAUUCAGUGCAGUCUGGUAUUAUGUCGGCGCACCAGAUGAUCCAAGAGCUGUCGCCAUAUGUCAACUUUGCACACUUGACCGCCAAUCAGGCCAUUCUAGAUGCCACCAUAGGUGACAUGGAUAUUCAUGUCAUCGACUUCGACCUUGGUGAGGGCAUACAGUGGCCAUCGCUCAUGUCAGACCUUGCUCGCCAUGGUGGCAAAUCAGGUAGCAAGUUACAGAUGCUACUACUCUGUGUGAGGAAGUUACAACCCAAGUCAGUAGUCGUCAUAGAAGAGGAGCUGGUCAGAAUUGGGAAAGAGGCUUGUUUGUCCCAGGUCUCCUUUGUGGAGUUCUUCUUCGAGGCAUUGCACCAUUUCACCACGGUGUUUGAGUCCCUGUCGAGUUGUUUCAGCAGUAGUAGCAACAGGGCGUGCCUGAGGCUUGUCGAGAAGGAUAUGGUGGGGCCAAAGAUACAGGACUUCGUGGGGCAGUACGGAUCUGUGACACCGGAGGCCGCUGCUCCGAAGACCCAUUUGGUUACUUCUUCCCAAGGAGCGUUCGUCAUGGAAGCACUGAUUUCUGCAGUUGCGGGUGAACUUGUCAGCCGGUUCAUCUCUUUCUUAGCACAGAACUUUUGCGACCGUACACUGAAUGAGGAUGACCAUAGAAGAUUGGAGCACGUCCUGCUAAGGAUUCAUACCAUCGUUGAGGAAGCAGAGGGGCGGUGCAUCACAAAUCGAGGAAUGCUGCUACAGCUGAAGAUGCUCAUGGAGGGCAUGUACGAAGGGCACUACAUGCUUGACAGGUUCAAGAUACAGCAUGCUGAAGAAGACAAAGUCGAAGGUGAGGUGAGAUCACUUGCCAUGUCUACUCUUACUGCUGCCAAGCGCCUUCGUUUUACUUCUGCUAUCACAAAGGACACACCAGCAGCUUUUGGUACCGGGGGCACUGCAAACCUGAAAGGUGUUCUUGACAGUUUAGAAGCAAAGAUUCAGGAUAUGAGGGAGUUCGUCAUGCUGCUUGGCAGCUGCCCACGCCUGCCUCGUCAGCCGUACUGUACAUAUCUGUUCAUGGAUAAGUGCAUGUUUGGUCGCCACGCCGAGAAAGAGCAUGUCAUCAAUUUCUUGCUGGCAAAUGAUGAUACUCAUGAUGACUGCUCAAAUCUGGGCAUCCUUCCGAUCAUCGGUCCGCACCGAGUUGGGAAGAAAACCCUUGUGCAACAUGCUUGCAAGGAUGAGAGGGUACGCGAUUUCUUCUCCAAGAUAUUGUUCUUCAAAGGGGAUGAUCUAGAGAACGGAGAAUUCGCAGAGAGUUUAGAGGCUGCCUCCGGGAAGAAGUGCUUGUUUGUUGUUGAGUUCCAUUGGAAUUUGGAUGAGGCAGCAUGGACAAAUCUCAAAUCCUCUUUUCAGAAGGUGGCGGGUCAUGGAAGUAAAGUUCUUCUGAUAGGAAGAACUCAUGAAGUUGCUAAGUUCGGGACGGCACUGCCUGUCUGGAUGAAGAGUUUGUCUCAGGAAGAGUACUGGUACUACUUCAAGGCACUCGCUUUCGGAAGCAUGGAUCCUGAUGAGCAUCCAAAACUUGCAUCUCUGGGCAUGCAGCUAGCUACUGAAUUAAAAGGCUCAUUCCUGGGUGCAAACAUACUCGGUGAGAUGUUAAGAUCUAAUCCCAACGCUCAGUUCUGGCACGCCAUCCUGUCAAGCGUAAGAGCGCUCGUGCAGGAACACAUGUUUUCCGUUGGGGUACACCCUGAAGACCUCCUUGAGAGAAAUGUUCCUGUUGGUUUCACUAAUGUUUCCUUUGUGGGUGCCCAAAGUCAGGGGUGCCUGGUGUAUGAUCUCAGGGAGGCUGGCCCUGGAGAAGAUGAGCUGCCAUUGCCGACGUCGCGAGAAGUACUGACGGGUGUCAAGGUUCCUGCUGAGGACAGGUUUGAUGUGCUGGUAUGGAAAUCUCGCAUCCCACCAUACUGCAGCUACAUAGCUACCUAUGAGAGACAGAAGGCGCCCCGGCACAUAGUUGGCAAGAAGAAUCGUCUGGCUCUGAGAGAAAUACAAUCGUAG